CAGUUUUCACUUCCUCCACACUUUAGGUGUGCGUCACACACACUCAAUCUCAUUUCAACUAAUGAUGUUGACAAGUGGUUGACAUCCAAUACCGAGUCUAAAGCGGUGUACAGAAGUGCCACUGGGAAGUGUUCAGCCCUCUGGACAAAAUCAAGCCGUUCCACAGUGGCCGCCGAACUUGUGGAGGAUAUGUGUAAAAGAAAACUUAUCGUGCCAACAUCAACUAGAUGGAAUUCGUUCUAUGACGCCCUGUCAUGCAUCACGGACAUCCCUUCGCCAGAACUGAACUCUCUGUGUAGCAGUCUGGGUAUUAAAUCCUUAACUGAACGGGAAUAUAUUUUUCUGAAGGAAUACUGCACUGUUAUGAAACCUCUCACAGUAGCGUUGGACAUUCUGCAAGGGGAGGACAACUGCUACUACGGUAGUCUGCUACCCACACUGGAGACUUUAAUGUCCAGGACCUUGGUGCUACGAAAUGGGCUCUCCCGGAUGACAGCAGGUCUGCCAGAUGUCAUAGUUGAGGCCAUCAAAACGAGAUUUGCACCAGUGCUCGACAGCAAAGAUGCCCUCCUCGCUGCCGUGACGUUGCCAAAGUUUAAAGUGCGAUGGCUGAGGGAGAACGAGAGGAGAGAAGCCGCGAAGAAUUUACUGCUUGCAGAGUGUUGUGCUCACGCUUCAGUUCUUCAUGCGCCCGUUUUGGGGAAUAAGACUCCCGCCGCCUCCUACAGCACUGUGGCUGAGAAGGAGUUCUUUGACUUUGACGAGGAGGAAAACACGUCUUCGUUCAGCUGUGACACAGAAGUCAUAGAGUAUUUGCAAUCGGGGUCAGAGAUGGAAGUACUUAAUCGGUUUCCUCAUCUAAAAAAGAUAUCACUGAAAUUAAACACAGCUACCCCAUCUAGUGCGCCAGUCGAGAGGCUGUUCAGUCUGGGUGGUCUCGUGCUGACGCCUAGAAGAAACAGGUUGUCAGACAACAGAUUUGAAAGACUGCUCCUCAUGCGCUACAAUCAUUGCUUUAGUGGGGAGCACCCCCAGUAAGUUAACGAAGUCUGUUUGCAAGGCUAGACCGACAAUCAAACAGGUUUAAUUGACUUCAUCUAGGUUAAAUGGUCAUUGUGGUAUUUAAGUUUUAAGGCAUUUAUGCUGUGUUUUCUUUAUAGACUACCUCUUAUUUAACUUUUAACAGUGUCUGCAGGCGAUUUAAUUUGUGCUAUUUUUAGUCAGUGCUGUUUUCAAGCUAGCCUCUUAUUUGUUUUAGACUUUUGAGGAGGCUUGUUUUUUUGGCAUAAGCCUGUCCACAGACCCAUACUGACUCUUCU